AUGUCUUUCAAAAUGUACAUUGCUAUGCUGGCCGCGGUGGGCGUGGCGACCGCACAGAGCAGCGUGGUCUCUCUUCUCAUCCCCGACAUAGACCCUCAGCCCCUGGCUGCUUCGGUCGUUGGACAGUGUGACGUACAGCAUCAAACUGCCCAUCCGGCACCGAUCGCUCGGAGUGCGGAAUGGGUCCAGGAAUGUUCUACACACUCCGCCUCGAACAGCAUCAAAUGGGUCAUGUCUGAGGGCGAUUCCUUCACGGCGCAAAUGAUGUGCUCUGUCAGCGGCACCACCGCCGCUCAUUGCACCGAGAUCAUGGCCGGUACCGAGGCCAACUUCCCCGGCACGGUGAUCACCGAUCUCGCUCAGAGUCAAAUGACCUACUUCCCAGUCACCGUGACUGCCGGACUUACCACCACGACGGGCGCAGCAGCGACCGCGACCGAGACCAGCAAGACCAUGAGCUCUAGUGCGACCGCGUCGGCCACAACGGGCAUGUCGGCGUCGUCUUCCGGUGCUGCUGCGAGCGCGACUUCCUCGCUGAGCACGGGCGGCUUGCCUCGAAUGACUGGUAGCCCUCGAAUGGUUCUGGGCGGUGCUGCGGCUGCGCUGGUCGCGGCUGCUCUGUAG